AUGGAUUUGAUUUCCUGUAAGUUUAAUGAUUCCAAACUUGAGAUUCUAUUUGUCAACAUGGACAGAGAUGAAGACCGCAAAUGGUGGGCUGUAUGGAAUAAUCGGCUACCAAGAUGUGUGGUUUCAACGUCUUCCAUUCCAUUGGUUGAUGCUCAUCAGCCGCAUGACUACUCAGUGGUCCUGGCAUCAGAAAUCCUCUCACCAUUUUCAAUUAUGGAAUCAAAUUCAUAUCGCCUUCAUAUAUGGGAGCGUACUCAAUGUCUUCAAAUACAAUCAAUGAUCCUUUACAAUUAUUACAUGAUGCAAAUAAUUCAGUUUAGUUAA